UUCUAGGGAAAAACAAAAACUGCAUCGUGCACAUUAAGCAUUCGUGUGAAAAUUCUGAAAAUAUUUUGCUUAUGUAUUUCUCCAUACUAUGGCCAAGUUUGUUCUGUUCCCUCCCACUCACUCUUGAUUUGCUUUUCUGUUUUGAUUUGUAAUGUUAACACUUUUAGAAACAUGGUCAACGAUUCUAAUAUGGGGAACUAAGUGAUUUCUUAAAACUCUGGGAUGGAAGGGGGUAAAUACAAUUUUCCUGGAGUAAAUACAAUUUGCAAACACAUUGAAGUCUUGAACAUAGAAGGACUUUGGGGCAUUGAAAUACAGAGCAGGCGAAAAAGGCCUGUGCCAACUUUACCAUCUCUGAACUCUUAAGUAGCUUUCCAAUAUUGCUGGUUUAAAGCAUAGAACUUUCUUUCAUGGUGAGCUCAGAUUGAAAAGGAUAGUCAUGAGAGGUCAUUUUUGGAUGUGUUCCUUUGUGUGAUGCCUAGAUUCAUUGCUUCAUGCAGCAAGUGGUCUGUGUUGUGAAUGGGGAAAUGUGUAUUGGUUUGGAAAUACUACACAACAACUUUGGCCCAUUGCCUCCUAGAUUGCAGCAGCUAUUGGAAGUGUCCACAGCCGUCAGUACCGUAAACACUUGUUUAUUGAAAUCAAUGUAUUUUCUAGCUGUCCAGAUACAGCACUAGAUUUUAUAUUCUUUUUACAAUCGGCAUCAGGAGAAUGUUCUGCCUUCCUCACAAAUCCCUUAUCUUGUUGCCACUGUGCUUGACCUUGUUUCCUGCCUCCAUUUGUGUUUUGAGAGUUAUGAUAAGACAGUGCUCCUCCCCAUCUACGGAGCUUUCCUGCAGGCUUAAACCCCAAUGAAGACUUUCUGUUUUUUGCUUGUGUGAUGUGGACACAGGAUCACAGUCUCAAAGCACCCUUAUUUCUACUGUUCCAUUUGACCUGGGAUUCCACUUGGAAAAGAAGACGAGAAUUGGGAUUUUCCAUUUACUGUUUAAGUCAUUUUUCUCAUCGACAUUGAAACAGAAAGUGGUUGUACAGUUAGCUGUUUUUGCAGCAUACAAGUGGAAAGACGGGAGGGAUCUCUUAAUUCCCUAAAGUCCACCUUCAGAUAGCCCACCAGCCUCUAAUGGAAAGCCGACCAUCUUCUAAGGAAGUCUGUAUUUUAACCGAACGCUUCUUAGCAGUGGGAAUUUUGCAUUUUGUUGGACUCUACCAACAUGUCUUACUCAUUGUCAUUUCUGGGGACAUUAGAAUGCGACAUGGAAAGCAAAAUGGCAUCCAAAACGGACUGAAAAUAUCUGCUGGUUGUUAGGAAACUUGUCAUUUCUCCUGACUUGGGGGGUAUCAGUGUGUCCAUUGAGGGCUGGGAAAUACCAAAGAUUGCUCUUUAGCUCGUAAUGCUUUUCCGCCUUCCUUACGCAGAGUGGUAGAAUUGCUCAGGCAAAGUUUAAAGGCAUAGUAGAGGAAAUGAUAGGCUGUAAAGCCAAUGGGCGAGUGUAGGAGAUGCAGGAACAGUGUGGUAAGGAAAGGGGAGGACUGGGAUAGACCAGCUACAGUGGCAUUUUGUGGCUGGUUGGACUUUACAGAAGCAAAUGUGGAACAAGCGCAGAUCUGCCUUAAUCUUUGUGCGAGUAGUUUUGGGAAGAACGAAUCGUCUCUUGGCCAUGGAGCGAGCCUUGUUAUUUCAGCCUCCGAAAGACUGGAAUGUAGCGCUUGGUGGGGAAAACUUUGAGGAACCCUAAGCAGAAAUCGUGGAGUCUUGAUGUUGGACUACAACUCCCAACAGCUGGAUGUUUCUCCUGAAGGCAUUCCAUAAACAGAAUGGAGGCAUACCUUAAGACAGCAGGCUUUUAACCCUUGCCUUCAACAGAAUGAGACUCAUUCCAUAGUCCUUAAUGAGGAAAAAGACUGGAUUUGAUUCCAGUCCCACUUUAUAUGGACUUUACCAUAUAUGCUGGCAUACCACAUUGCCAUUCAUUGACUGGCUAUAUGAUGGUGGAGACUCGAAUUUUAUCCCCCCCCAGUUAAUUUUGUAUUUAAUUGCAAAUUAACCAGUAUGUAAGUUGUGAGUCUAUUGGAAUUGAAUAUUCAGGGAUAGAAACUUUGAUUGCUGUGAGUUUUCUGGACUGUAUGUAUGUAUUUAUUUAUUUUUAUUUCUAAUAUUUAUAUCCCGCCCUUCUCAGGGUGGCUUACAGUAGUGGCAGCAAUUCGAUGCCCAUACAAAAUCUGUAUCAAAAUAAUGCAUAAGACAAUUAAAACUAUUAAUAAUACAAUAUAAAUUACCAUGAGCCCCGGUGGCGAAGUGUGUUAAAGCGCUGAGCUGCUGAACUUGCAGACUGAAAGGUCCCAGGUUCAAAUCCCGGGAGCGGCUUGAGCGCCCACUGUUAGCUCCAGCUUCUGCCAACCUAGCAGUUAGAAAACAUGCAAAUGUGAGUAGAUCAAUAGGUACCGCUCCGGCAGGAAGGUAACAGUGCUCCAUGCAGUCAUGCCUAUGGCCACAUAACCUUGGAGGUGUCUACAGACAACGCCGGCUCUUCGGCUUAGGAAUGGAGAUGAGCACCAACCCCCAGAGUCAGACAUGACUGGACUUAACGUCAGGGGAAACCUUUACCUUUUAUAAAUUACAAUAUAUAAAUUUAAAAUGUAAUAUCAGAUCCGUUCAUCCUAGAGAAACCUCAUGUUUUGUAUGGCCAUGUUCCAGAAGCAUUCUGAUGUUUUGCCCACAUUAUGGCAGGCAUCCUUAGAGGUUGUGAGGUCUGUUGGAAACUAGGCAAGUGAGGCUUAUAUAUCUGGAAGGUCCAAGGUGGAAUAGUGUGGCAAGUGUGAAUGUUGCAAUUAAUCACCUUGAUUAGCACCAAAUAGCCUUACAGCUUCAAGGCCUGGCUGCUUCCUGCCUGGGACAAUCCUUUGUUGGGAGGUGUUAGCUGGCCCUGAUUGUGUCUUGCCUGGAAUUCCCAUUUUCUGAAUGAUGUUCUUUAUUUACUGUCCUGAUUUUAAUUUUUUUUUUAAAAAAAAAACCACAUAGCCAGAUUGUGCUCAUUUUCCUGGUUUCUUCCUUCCUGUCGAGAUGGUCCACAUUCUUGUGGAUUUCAGUGGCUUCUCUGUGUAGUCUUGACAUAGUGGCUAUAAGAGUGGUCCAGAAUUUCUGUGUUCUUCAAUAAUAUGCUGGGUCCGGGUUGGUUCAUCAAGUGCUCUGCUAUGGCUGACUUCUCUGGUUGACUUAAGUCUGCAGUGCCUUUCAUGUUUCACGGGCUUUUGUCCCGUGUUAGCCACCCCGAGUCACUGUCGGGAGAUGGUGGCAGGAUAGAACAAUUAAUUAUUAUGAUUAUUAUAUUGUAUGACACAGCAAACAAGAUAGAUAUGCUGGAUUUUGUAUCACAAGUCGAACACUUCCCAAGUGUCUAGGACUGUGUGAUGUAUUUUCGGAUGAUGCGCGCAGAUUCCAGUAGGAAUUAUUAUUAUCUUCCUUGAUUCUUGUCUAGGCAAUGCUUCUGCGUUUGGUGGUCCCUGUGUAGACUUAUCCACAGGCAAGGGUUUUUUCUCCCGCCCUGGGCAUCAUUCCACAGAUAUAUAAACCCUACUUGCCUAGUUUCCAGCAGACCUCACAACCUCUGAGGAUGCCUGCCAUAUAUGUGGGCGAAACGUCAGGAGAGAAUGCCUCUGGAAUCUGGCUCAGAAGAGAAUGCUUCUGGAACCUGGCCGUACAGCUCGGAAAACUCGGCAACCCAAUGUUUCCGGCCAUGAAAGCCUUUGACAACACAUAGAAUCAGUUGCAAGAGCCUGGAGCAAAAUUGAUUUCUGAUGGAGAAUGGAUAAAGCAGGCAUGGGCCAACUUGGGCCUUCCAAGUGUUUUGGACUCUAACUCCAACAAUUCCUAACUGGCUGUUAGGAAUUGUGGGAGUUGGAGUCCAAAACACCUGGAAGGCCCAAGUUGGCCCAUGCCUGGCAUAAAGCUGAGUAGGACAAGUGAUUUGUGUGCUAGAAGGCAAAGAGUUAUACAUAUCAGGAGCAAGUGUAUCAAAUAGUAUCUGGGUCUUUGAAGCUGUUGGUAAAUUACAUUGGUUUCAGUUGACAUUUUAAGUUUGUUUGGAAGAGGGACAAAUGUAGAUGAUUCUGCCAUAUGUUUUAACUGGGAUUGAGAACCGCUCUUACUAUGUCUGUCUCUUGAAAAGGUUUGGACUCUUAACUGAAGCCUUUCCUUCGGGUUGUUUCUCUUCCCGGAACCUCUUCUCCCGGUUCCUUGUUUGCAGGAGGGACGGGAAAGCGGGGAGGACCCUUUGCGGCCUCGCCUUCCUAUUGGCUCGGUCUCGCAACCAAUCGGGAGCUUCUUCCUGCUCGGGAGGCCCUUUGGCCACGCCCACCUCUUUUUCCUGCGCGUGAGCAGCCUUCUCCCGUCACGUGAGAACCCAAUGAAACACGUGUCUGGUGCGGGAAGAUGCUGUUUCUGCGGCCUUGGGUUGGGAAGAGCCGCCUCUGCAGGUUUUUCGGGGCAAGGGCUCUUCCUGCCCACGUCGCUGAGCGCUUGGCGCUUUACGAACAGCUCAAAGCCACUGCGGAAGAGCGCCGUGCGGAGUGGGCCCUGAAAGAGCAACGGCCAAUCCGAAUUUCCCUCCCGGAUGGUGAAACGUUAGAAGGAGAAGCCAGGAGGACCACGCCAUAUCAGGUGGCCUUGAGGAUCAGCCAGAGUCGGGCCAAGGGGGCUGUGGCAGCAAGGGUGAAUGGGACGCUCCAUGACCUGGAUCGCCCCCUUGAAGAAGACGCCAGCUUGGAAUUUGUGGACUUUGAUGCCCGGGAUGGACAAGCACUCUUCUGGCAUUCCAGUGCCCACAUUCUUGGGGGUGCAGCUGAGCGUUUCUAUGGGGCCCUCCUGUGUCACGGCCCCAGCACUGAACACGGCUUCUUCUAUGAUAUGUACAUGGAUGGGGAACGGACCGUCUCAGGCAAAGACUUACCAGCUUUGCAGGAAAUCUGUCAAGACAUCAUCGAAGAGCAGUGUCCCUUUGAGAGGCUGGAGGUCUCCCGGGAGGAUUUAAUGCAGCUCUUUAAGCACAACAAAUUUAAACUACGGAUUAUCAGCGAGAAGGUGAGGACUCCGACAGCCAUUGUUUACAGGUGUGGGACCUCAAUUGACCUCUGCCGCGGGCCUCAUGUCCGGCACACUGGGGAGAUCCGAGCCCUCAAGCUCCUCAAGAACGCCUCUGCGUACUGGAAAGGAGACCCGUCCCAGGAGACGCUGCAGCGCAUCUACGGCAUCUCCUUCCCCAGCUCCGCGCAACUGACAGAAUGGGAACGGACCCAAGAAGAGGCCACUCGGCGGGACCACCGGCGCAUCGGGAAGGAGCAAGAGCUCUUCUUCUUCCACGAACUCAGCCCCGGGAGCUGCUUCUUCCUCCCCAAAGGGGCUCACAUCUACACCACCCUUGUCGACUUCAUCAAGAGCGAAUACCUGAAGCGUGGCUUCUCCGAGGUCAUCACCCCCAAUAUUUUCAACUCCAAGCUUUGGGAAACGUCCGGUCAUUGGCAGCAUUACGAAGAGAACAUGUUCUCCUUCCGCCUGGAAGGGGAAACUUUUGCCCUCAAACCUAUGAACUGUCCUGGACACUGCCUCAUGUUUGGUCAUCGCCCUCGAUCAUGGCGGGAGCUCCCUCUGCGCCUGGCGGACUUUGGCGUCCUGCACCGGAACGAGCCUUCAGGAGCCCUGUCGGGGUUGACGCGGGUGCGCCGCUUCCAGCAGGACGAUGCCCACAUCUUCUGCGCCAUGGAUCAGCUGGAAGGUGAAAUCCGGAGCUGCCUGGACUUCCUCCAAGCUGUAUACUCUGUUUUUGGGUUCACCCUCCGCUUCUAUCUUUCUACUCGCCCCGAAAAAUUCCUUGGAGAAAUUCAUCUUUGGGACCAGGCAGAAUUGCUGCUGGAAAAGAGUCUCCAGGACUUCGGCCAGCCUUGGGAGCUCAACCCUGGAGACGGGGCCUUCUACGGGCCAAAGGUUGACAUUCAGAUCAAAGACGCCUUGGGGCGGUUCCACCAGUGUGCCACCAUUCAGCUGGAUUUCCAGAUGCCCAUCCGGUUUGACCUGUCUUAUACGAGCAAAGAAGGUGCCACGCCGGAGAGACCAGUGAUGAUCCACCGGGCUGUGCUGGGCUCCGUGGAGAGGAUGAUGGCCGUCUUGGCAGAGAACUAUGGCGGCAAAUGGCCAUUCUGGUUGUCGCCAUCCCAAAUCAUGGUGAUCCCGGUUGGGCCGGAUGCAGAGAGCUAUGCCCACGAGAUCCACCAGACCUUCCACCAAGCGGGAUUCACAACUGACGUGGAUUUGGACCCGGGAACAACCCUCAAUCGCAAGAUCCGGAACGCCCAGCUGGCUCAGUACAACUUCCAGUUUGUCGUCGGGCGGAAAGAGAUGUCCAACCGCACCCUGAACGUCCGUAGCCGCGACGGUCAUCGACACGGCGAACGGGAUUUCAAUGCGGUCUUAGACCGGCUCAAAGAGCUCCGGGAGACUCGGGCCAGGAACGCCGAGGAGCUCUUUGGAGCUGAUUCCUAGCAUCCGCCAAAGGCAAGACGCGAACCAAAGUGAGUGCGGGGCUGAUGUUUGCGCCACUUCCCUACAAGGAGUUUUGUAUCUGUUUCAAGAUCCUAGUCCUCAUUGUUCCAAGAAGCGAGAAAUCUGGAUGACUCUUUUGCAGACUUGAAUUGACUGCAAUCCCUCCGAAGGUGAUGAAAUUGGAGUUUGGGACAAAAAAUUGGACCAACGUUCGAGGCAAAAAAGAAGCAUACAUUUUUUGGGAAGUGAAAUGUGGGGUUUUUUUGGCACAAAUCCUCCAUCUUGCUCCAGAGAAUCCAGCCACCUUCCAAGCCCAUCUCCUACCUUCUGUGAUUGUCAUUUUUUUGAGAUUAAAAUUACUUACUGUAUAUACUCGAGUAUAAGCCUAGUUUUUCAGCCUCUUUUUAAGACUGAAAAAGCUCCCCUCGGCUUAUACUUGGGUGAGGGUCCUGGUUGGCUUAUAUUUGGGUCAGCUUAUACUCGAAUAUAUGGUACAUUUAUUAUUUUUCUCUAUUAUUAUUGGUAUUACAGUAGAGUCUCACUUAUUCAAGCUAAACGGGCCGGCAGAAGCUUGGAUAAGCAAAUAUCUUGGAUAAUAAGGAGGGAUUAAGGGAAAGCCUAUUAAACAUCAAAUUAGGUUAUGAUUUUAUGAAUUAAGCACCAAAAUAUCAUGUUAUACAACAAAUUUGACAGAAAAAGUAGUUCAAUACGCAGUAAUGUUAUGUUGUAAUUACUGUAUUUACGAAAUUAGCACCACAAUAUCACGAUAUAUUGAAAACAUUGACUACAAAAAUGGCUUGGAUAAUCCAGAAGCUUGGAUAAGUGAGACUCUAUUGUAUUACAUAUAUUAUUUUUCUCUAUUAUUGUUGCUACUAUUUCAUUUAUUUUACUCUAUUUUUAUUAUUAUUAAUACAUUUAUUAUUUCACUCUGAUAUUAUUAUUGCAUUUAUUAUUUUGCUCUAUUUAUUAUUACAUGUAUUAUUUUCCUGUAUUUAUUUAUUAUUAUUAUUACAUGUAUUAUUUUACUCUGUUAUUAUUAUUAAAAGGAUACAUAAGGGCAUUUACAUUGAAGAAGAUGAG